AGGAGGAGACAGCAAGUGUAGCUGAGCUCCGGGGUGUGUGGACGCCGCUUUGUUGCCUGAGGGGGGUGGCGGUGGAAGUUAAGGGAGUCAGGGGCUAUCGCUUCUCGGGACUCGCAGUCGCGGCCACUGCAGUCACUUCUCCAGUUAGCCCUUAGGGUAGGGGUCGCGCCGGCAGCAGCCAUGAGCGGCGGCGUGUACGGGGGAGAUGAAGUUGGAGCCCUUGUUUUUGACAUUGGAUCCUAUACUGUGAGAGCUGGUUAUGCUGGUGAGGACUGCCCCAAGGUGGAUUUUCCUACAGCUAUUGGUAUGGUGGUAGAAAGAGAUGACGGAAGCACAUUAAUGGAAAUAGAUGGCGAUAAAGGCAAACAAGGCGGUCCCACCUACUACAUAGAUACUAAUGCUCUGCGUGUUCCAAGGGAGAAUAUGGAGGCCAUUUCACCUCUAAAAAAUGGGAUGGUUGAAGACUGGGAUAGUUUCCAGGCUAUUUUGGAUCAUACCUACAAAAUGCAUGUCAAAUCAGAAGCCAGCCUCCAUCCUGUUCUCAUGUCAGAGGCACCGUGGAAUACUAGAGCAAAGAGAGAGAAACUGACAGAGUUAAUGUUUGAACACUACAACAUCCCUGCAUUCUUCCUUUGCAAAACUGCAGUUUUGACGGCAUUUGCUAAUGGUCGUUCUACUGGGCUGAUUUUGGACAGUGGAGCCACUCAUACCACUGCAAUUCCAGUCCACGAUGGCUAUGUCCUUCAACAAGGCAUUGUGAAAUCCCCUCUUGCUGGAGACUUUAUUACUAUGCAAUGCAGAGAACUCUUCCAAGAAAUGAAUAUUGAAUUGGUUCCUCCAUAUAUGAUUGCAUCAAAAGAAGCUGUUCGUGAAGGAUCUCCAGCAAACUGGAAAAGAAAAGAGAAGUUGCCUCAGGUUACAAGGUCUUGGCACAAUUAUAUGUGUAAUUGUGUUAUCCAGGAUUUUCAAGCUUCGGUACUUCAAGUGUCGGAUUCAACUUAUGAUGAACAAGUGGCUGCACAGAUGCCAACUGUUCAUUAUGAGUUCCCCAAUGGCUACAAUUGUGAUUUUGGUGCAGAGCGGCUAAAAAUUCCAGAAGGAUUAUUUGACCCUUCCAAUGUAAAGGGGUUAUCAGGAAACACAAUGUUAGGAGUCAGUCAUGUUGUCACCACAAGUGUUGGGAUGUGUGAUAUUGAUAUCAGACCAGGUCUCUAUGGCAGUGUAAUAGUGGCAGGAGGAAACACACUAAUACAGAGUUUUACUGACAGGUUGAAUAGAGAGCUGUCUCAGAAAACUCCUCCAAGUAUGCGGCUGAAAUUGAUUGCAAAUAAUACAACAGUGGAACGGAGGUUUAGCUCAUGGAUUGGCGGCUCCAUUCUAGCCUCUUUGGGUACUUUUCAACAGAUGUGGAUUUCCAAGCAAGAAUAUGAAGAAGGAGGGAAGCAGUGUGUAGAAAGAAAAUGCCCUUGAGAAAGAGUUCCCAAGCUUCUGCCUUCCUUUGUCACCUUACGUUUCAUAGCUUUAGUAUACUCAGGAAAAGAAUGACCAUCUUUUGUAGAAUGUUUAUACAUUUUUGCAUAUUUCAAUUUCCACUUAAAUUUUUUAAAGCUUUAACUGGCUCUAUAAAUUAAGAUAAGUUUGUGCUUUCCUUGAAAUGCACUUAUUCUUAUUACAAGCAUUUUUAUAAUUUUGUAUAAAUGUCUAUUUUCUCUAAAUAUUUUGCUUUCAGUAAAAUGCUUUCCAACUCUGUUUAGUAUAUUAAUUACCAGUGGAUUGGUAGAAUUGCUUUUUAUUGACUAGUAAAAGUUACUGCCUAUGCUUUUUACCUCAGGCUUAUAGAAUUAAAUAAAAAUUAGCCAUUCCAGAAAUAAAUUUUGGACUGUGGUGCACUGUGACUUACUACUUUAAGGACUGAAUGUGUUUAUCAUUAUUUUGAAGCAGUACCCACAUCCUCUUCAUAUCCUAUUAACAACAGAGGUAAAAUUAUUACUCAAAUUCAGUUAUUGCCUUUGCCGUGGCAGUUACCAUCACCUUCACCCUCUAAGAUAGCAGGCGACAUUUAAAGCCUGCUUAAAUGUCAGAAUUCAUAAAGUGGGAAUUUAAUCCGAACUUUAUACCUGAUUUUUUAGAGGUAAAUUAGCUUCUACCAAAUUAGCUAAUUAGCAUGCCAUAUUCACACUUAGAACAACUGAUUAAAGUCACUUGACUAAAAACAGAAUUUCUUUAUAAACCACUUAACAUAUUUACUCUUGUACACAGACUAUUCAAGAAAAACAAAAUGGUAAAUUUAAGAGUUCAGACAUCUUAGACAAGACUUGACUUCUGCGCUUCAGCAAGAUGUGGAAACUUUUUUAGAAGAAUUUUUGCUUUCUUUCUCUCUAAAUUUUCCUUCCGUGCUUUGAUGCGGGCUCGUUUCUCACGUUCCAGUCUAGAAUAAAAAAAGCAUAAAGCAAUUUAUACAAAAAUAUUUCCUUGUUAUUCAAUACUAUCAAAAUAUGCAUAAAUCAAUUACAUCAAAGCUUCAAACAUGCCAGUCUCUGUAUUUGGUGUGUUAUAUAUAUUAUUAAACUUGAAUAGUAAUCACUGUAAACCUAUACAAGUCAAGAGCAUCUGAAACCCUAUACCAACUAUCCCUGUUUCUUGACUAGAAAGAAUGUCCCGAUCUUACGAACCUGUAACAAACUGGGACUUAAUAAGCAUCAUCUCUUA